GGUUGAGCUACCAAUUACUUCGUACACAUGAGAGAGCAUUAAUUUAUCGAUUGAAGUACGAAACCGAAAACUCAUACAUUAUAAAUAUUUUAUAAAUAUUUAUUUAACUUUUCCAAUUUAAUCAAGUAGAAAACUGUACGUGGUAAAUGCACGUAUUUAAUAGUGCAACGCUGCAUUGGAUAUUAGAAAGGGAUUUGCGAAAACCGUUUUCCUUGUAUGAGUUUCAGUUAGCCAGAUGGACUCUGCUUUUAUGGGGUAUACAUCGUGGUUCCAAGAGACAGAGGAAACUCGCAAAGAAGGAAGUGAAAAUAAGAGAAGCGUAUUUAAAGAAGAAGAAGAUCCGAGAUGAGCAAAUGGCGAUUCAAAAGAGCAUUAGCUCAGCAAGGGAUAUUGCCUUGUUGGCGGCGCUGGCGGAACCACCGAUUGAUUACAUGCGCUACUAUUCACCACCAGGCAGUACCGCACCUAAGGCUGCACCUCCACCUGAACACCACCCGCAGCAUGAAGUUAUACAUGAAGUUGUGCCAAAACCUGUUGAAGCACCACCAACCAAAGAAGAUUCUCACGAUGAACAUGCUGCUCAACAUUCUGAUGAACAUGUUGAUGAAGAGGAUGCCCAUGAUUUCGAAGUAAUUGAAGAAAAUAUUCGAGAAGACGAACAGGAACAUGAACAUGCACCUGUUCAUGAGCAUGGAGACGAGCAUAAAAAACCACCUUGCAAGCCCAAGAACAAGGAAGAUUAAUCCUUUUGUCUGUUUAUUCUUUUGCCAAUAAUAACUUUCAUCACCAUCAAAAUGCAAAUGAUUCACUUUGACUUGAACGCGUUACGCAAGAAGAAGUAAAGUAUAAAAUGUAUAAACGCGUGCAGGGCAGACAAAAUCCGAAUUUGCUCCACUUGGUUGAUUUCCGUAAUCACCGGCCUGUGUUUCCGGCCCACUUAGCUGUGCCGUACUUUCCACGUGGCACAUCUAAUAACGCAAAGAUUUCCCUUUUCUCCUUCUAACCAUUUUUCUUUGGCCCAUUGGGAUUUUGUUUUUAGGUGAUCAUUUACUUGUUAAUAGUGCUCUCGACCCAGAUUCCAUCUGUUUACGUAACGCUACCAGACGGUAUGGGAACCAGGGAUUCGUAAAAAGGAAAGUAUAAUGGUAUUGUGUUCUGGAUUAUUUCUUUAGUUGAUUAAUGACGACUCAUUGAGGAAAUAAUUAUCGCACGGUGUUUUAAUGGAUUGCUAUUUAUGCGACCUCGUCGAAUAUCAAUAUUUGUGAGAA